AUGAUCUGUGUGCUCCUCUUACUCUCCCAGACUUAUAUUUUAUUAGCUUAAGAAUCAUCGAAUUGGGUUUCAUUGAUUUAAUAAGGAGAUAGACAAGUAUUUUGGAAGGAAAAAGUGCAGAUAAAUCUGUUUGUUUGGAACAUGGAGACAGAUUAGAGCAAUAUGUAGUUAAAGAAUUUGACAGUAACAUGGAAUUGUCAAGAUUUGACACUGAAUGCAGUUUGUAAAAAAUCAGACGGAUCUCAAUUGUCAUUGGACAAAUUCAAUUACACGGUGGUCAUUCCAGAAUCCACAUUAUCUCCAAAGAGAUCUUAUCAGUUCACAGCCUUGAUAUCUGGAGAUUAUGUGGUUAACCGUACUGUGACACUGUACUUCUCACAAAACAUCAUUCCUUUUUUGAAUAUAUCCUACCCCUACUCAAUCCUAUCCAGAUUGGUCAACUUUGAUGAGAUCAUCGACUUCUCUAUCCAAUUAGACGAUGGAGUGUCCCCGGAUGACUCCAAAAUAUCAGUGGCAAUAUAUUUAGACGGUUAAGUCUCGAAGUUUUAGCAAUUAUACCCCAGACUCCGUUUUCAAGCAAGCUACUAUUACCCAGAUUUAGUCAAUGCCUAAGAAAUAGGAAUAUGCAGGAUUCAUUUCGUAUAUUCUUUAUAAAACUAUAUUGAUCCUGCAGAGUACGAAAUAAUAUUUCGUAUUAAUUACCCCCCCAGGAAUGGUGAGAUCAAACUCGAUGAAACCAAUGGCAUGAACAUCAUCGUAAGUUCAGUCUCAGACACACACACCCCAAUUUUAUACAAAUAUUGGUUCUAUGAGGGAUAAUCAAUCAACAUUGAGUCAAUCAAUGGAUAAUACGAACUAACAGAUUAUAUAGAAUCGAGCAGUUACUCCACAAAUCUGCCUGUGGGACAAUUCACUCUAGUCUGUCAAUUAAAAGAUAGUCUGGGAGCGACCUCCGUAAUUUCUUAGAAUGUUACCAUAUAAACCUCCAAGUCCAAAUUGGAUGAAAUACUUGUAUCUCUAGAUACUGAAACUUCCAUCACCAAAAUCAUGAGUGCAUCCCUCGUAUUGAAGUACCUCUAUGAGUCCUUUUCCUUUGACGAUAAAAUUGCUUAUGCUGUUACUGUUAAUCAAACACUAACAAAAUUAAAGGAGUACUAUAGCGACGAAUUCUUGCUCAAAACCUAGGACAAAUAUUAAAUCAUGUUGUAGAAAGCGAUCUAUUUGAUUGAAUCCACAGGAAUCAAUUUCAUAGGCGAAGAUACAAUAGACCUUAAAUUGUAAUACUUAAUCCAGUUUUAAACUGAAAUCAGAAAGGAUAUCAUUAAGUUCACUUCCUUGAUUCAAAUAAACGAGAAGUCCAUGAUUGCUGGACAAUACAAAGGAAAUGUUACAGCUUAAGAGUUGUAUCUGGAAUUGUAAUCCCUAUAUGGAGUGAUUGGUUAAGUGAUAAAUGACGUCCAUGAUGUUUUUGAUACAUUUUUAGGUAGGAUGACAAUUGAUAACCCUGACACUAUUAGUGAAGCCAUAAAUGCUAAUACCACGAAUGUAAAUUCAACGGACUAUUUAAAAGAGUUGUUUAUGAAUUUGACUGAUACAAAUAACAAGAACAGAUUACUCAAACAAGUUGAGGAAUCAGAUCUGGUCUCUUCUGAUGACGGUGUCAAUUCAUUUAGAGCACAAUUGAUACAGGAAUCAACUCUGACUUUAGAUCAUUUUGAUUUGAUCCACAUCUGUUAUACGAGACUCAUUAGUUUGGUGUAGGUCUUGAAUCUCAUCAUUAAUUCAUACACUGAGACCAAUGGGAGAGUGAUCUAUCGGCAAUUUUCAAUAUUUCAACAUCUCCUUCACUCGAGUCACCACUAAGAAUGUCUUAAAAUACCUAUCUUAAGACGAAAAUUGGAUGCAGUUGCCAUUCCAGUAUUCAGUGGGUACUGGAAUCUAAACAAUGACACAAUCAAUUUCGAAGUUUAAAUCGAUACAUCCAAUAAAACAGAUACUGGUAAUUAUGCAGCUCGAAGAAAUAUUUAUAUGUGGGAGAACAGAGAUCUAUUCACAAAUUUGACAGAAGUAGAGAUGUUCUAAAUAAAUCCAAAUUACCUCUAUUUAGUUUCAAUCAUUACAUUCUCUGUCAACCCUUACUACUGGAAAUAAGAAGUUUAUGAAUAUGCUAAGUGGAAUCAAUUCUCUAAUAAUCUCAAAUAUAUCAGUCCCUAAUUUAUAGUUCAAAAUGGAUCAGAUUAUCAAGUAGUUUUGUAAUUUGAGCAUUUCCAAUUUAAAUAUCCCUUCAUUACUGAAUACUCUGAAAAUAACACUAGAUGUGCAUCAAUUGUCUCCAAUUUCACAGGUGACAAUUGUACUAAAUCAGUGUUGACUUCGUAACAUACUUGUACUUGUAAAUACAUUAGCGAUAUAAUCCUGAUGGAAGAAUAUAUUCCCGUAGACCUGAGAGAAAUCCAAUUUGUGUCUAUUGAGAAUAUGCAUCUCACAGUUAUUGGCUUAACGAUUGGGACAAUGUCAGGGAUCAUGAUUCUAUUUACUAUAAUCACAGCAAUUUUGGAUCUUAGAUCUUCUAGAGUUGUGUUACCAGUCAACUCUCCCAUUAUGAGUGAACAUGGAAAUUAGGAUGACGUGGAUUAGAAGAUGUUUGAUAAAUCGGCUGAUUUUACCAAGAUUAAAUAGUCUACUAUUUUUCCAGAGAAAUCUAGUGUGUUAAGCGUUAGGUACAAGAAUAAGGAGACUGAGAAAUACGAAGGGAAAUAACUGUUUGAUUAAUCAAUUAAGGAAGAAGAUUUCUCUCAUAUGACCAUCUUUAAUAAAAAUUACAAUAAAUAACAAAAGCAAUCAGAUGAUUUCCACAAUGCAGCUGUUUAAUAUGAACCCAUCUUUUAAACUAAUGUUGAGAUGGGUAUUAAAUACACUUCUGCAGAUUUAGUCCUAACUGGAAUGAUAAAAUUGCAUGAACUCUUAAGCAUCUUCUUAUACUACGAUUCGAAGUUCUCAAGACCAAGUAGAGUGUUGCAAUUAUAUAUGAAGUUAAUGGUAAUGUUUGUUGUUAGUUCAUAUACCAUCACGUAUCUGAAUGAAAUUCAACACAUCCUAUUGAUUAUUUUUAUUGGAGAAAUAUCAGUAUUCUUUUUGGCAAUUGUCAAAGCUGAAUUAAAUGGAUGGAUACAAGAAAAAAUCAUUGGAUUUUGUCUAACCGUCGCCAUUUUAGGAGGAUGCUUUAUCUAUUACUUCUACAAUGUAAUUGGACUCUAAAUUGAUACUGCUGAUAAUUGGGCCAGAUAAUUUCUGAUUUCCUACCUGUCCAAUCACAUCCUAUUCGACCCAAUAAUCGUCAUUUUCAAAAUUUUAUUGUAUCCUUGGACUUUACAAUAAAUUAUUGCCCAAACAAAAGCUCCGAUUGCCUAUUUAUUGAACUUCUUCAUUAAUCAUGCUCCUAUGAGAGCCUUGUAUUAAUUGUGA